AACCGAGUCCAGUCAAAACAUUACACCUCACGCCUGCACUGCACCUUCCCCUCCCUUCCCAGUUCCCACCCUUCUUAAUUGCCUUCUUUCUCCCUUUCGUACCAGUCCUAGAGCCUCCGAUCAUUCUUCGAGAACCAGAACUCGAAACCGAAGAUUAAGACAUGGGUUUUUUGAAGGAAGAGAAAUCGAAGAGGGUUCUGAGGGGGGUUAAGACUGUGUUUUUCUUGAUUACUAUGUUGAUUUCUCUGCUGCUGUUUUCGGCUCCGAUUCUGCUUGUGAUUGCCGAUACGCUUGUUCCUUCGGCUAUACUUUCUGCCUCUUCGUCUUCUUCUUUGAUUUCUUUUGAAACGCUGUCGUCCCAUUUCAAUAACUACGAUUUUCGAUCUUCCCUCGUCGAUAUUCCGUUGAUUUCCAUCAUAAGAUCAGCUGUCAUAUUUUGCGUUUACAGCUUCUGUGAUGGACGAAGGCUAUCACACGGACCGUAUUUGGGGAUCACAACCAUGUGUUCUGUUUUGUCCCUGGUGUUUGUUUCAUUGAAGGCUUCGUUCGUGUUUGGGGCUUCCGGUGUGGAGAGGGCAGAGUAUGUGAGAGCAACAGAUAUUGCUUUGUUCGUCUGCUCCCUGGUUUUGGCCGUUGGGCAUAUUGUGGUGGCAUAUAGAACAAGUUGCAGAGAAAGAAGGAAGCUUUGGGUGUACAAAAUUGACAUUGAAGCUGUUUCAGCUUGCAAAAAUGGGUUCCCUAGGUACCAGAAGCUUCUGAAAGAAGAAAGAGUGAAGUAAACUCGCACAAACCAACCCCAAUCUUAGGGGUGGUUCAUUUAGUUACAGAUUUGUUAAAGUAUAUAGAAGAAGCUAUAGAAGCAGCCCCUUCAAUCAACAUCAUGUUGUGCAAAUGGAGGUUGUGUAUAUAUUUGUUCAUCAUAGAGAGAGAGAGUAUAUAACUUGUUACCACUGCGGCAAAUACCAUCAUUUUUUGUUCUUUAUAUUCAUCAAGUGUACAGUUUAAUUUCUAUGUAAAAGGCAUAAUAUUUAUGAAACUAGCCCAAGCUAGGGUUUUGUAAACUUGUGCUUGAAAUUAAUGAAAUUAUUGUUGUCAGAACUA